AUGACAAUCCUAAUAAGAAAGGCCACCGAGGAAGAAAUCCCCGCCAUCGCGCGGCUCGCCGGCCAAGCGUUCCACCCAACAACCGAUUGGAUCACGCGCCAAGUCUUCCCGCUACACCUCCAGCCGAAGGACAUUCCCGAUGGAGAAGCAUCGCAGCCGUGGCGCCGGCUAAAAAAGACUGUAGGCUACAGUACGCCAAACUGCGCGUUCAUCGUGGCAGUCAAUACCACUCUGAAUAACCAAAUCGUUGGCUAUGCGAUAUGGGAUCUGCCGGUUGGAUCAUCCGAGGAAUCCCCCGUCAUCACCCCUGCAGACCCUGAGCUGCCGGCAGAUGUGACUGAUUUCAAGGUCUACGCCGAGCUCAAAACGAUCCUGGAAGAAGACCACAAGGCCACAUUUGGCGACAGAGGGCUAAAAGACGUGUGGCAUCUCGAUAUGAUUGGGGUUGACCCACACUAUCAGCGACAGGGAAUUGGUAGGGCUCUUCUGACAUGGGGCGUUGAGCAGGCCACAAGAGAGGGCAGAGAUUGCUACUUGAUGGCAACACCACAAGGACGACCUCUCUACGAGUCUUUUGGCUUUGAUAUUGUGCGUCCGUUGAACAUGUUUGGGGUCAUGCAUCACUCCAUGAUACUCCGAACAAAUAAAAAGACGUGA